AUGGUGCAAGCAUUCAAGAGCCCGAAGCAGAAAGCUAACGAGGAUACUUUGCAUUUCUACGUCGCGUUUCUUUUUGGUCUCGUGUUUUUGACCUUCGUAGCCUAUUGGCUGCGCGAGGCUUCCAACAAGAACCCAUGUUCUAAACCAGCUCAGGGGCUAAAGGGUCCCGGGCGCCGGGCAUGCGUUGACUUCUUCCGAAAGUUGGAGAGACGUGUGGAUUGGGGAUGGUUUGGAAGGCCCUCUUUCGGGUUCAUCGCGAUGGUUGGGAUCUACAUCGUCGUCAACGUCACUUUAUGCUCGACCAACAUUGUCAUGAGGCACCUACUGAAUCAUUGGGCGUCUAGAUUUGGAUGGAUGUGUGCCGCAAACAUGACGCUGUGCAUCUUUUUCGGAAUGAAAAAUACACCCUUGACUCCAAUGGUGGGAGUAUCACAUGCACAGCUCAACAUCCUACAUCGCAUCGUGGGAUAUACUGCCGUUCUGUUGCUAGCUCUGCACGCCAUCUUCUACACGAUACACUUCCAUCGCUAUGGCAAGCUGGCUAGCUUGCUGAAACCCGAAGACUUGGCUGGUAUCGGCGCCGCGAUCGGAAUGAUCGUGCUGUUCCUCGGCAUCCUGAGACACAGGAACUACGAACUCUUCUACAUUAGUCACAUUGCUGGCUUCGCGGCCGCCGUCAUCUUGACGGGGCUGCAUCGACCAAACUGGGCAAAGAGAAUACCAGCUUUGAUGAGUUUUGCAUUCGGACUUUGGCUACUAGAUCGUACCAUCAGAGCCUCCAGGAUGCUUUACAAUCUCAUCAACAACUCUGUCGCCUUCUAUCCGCUCCCGGAUGGAGGAACACGCCUGCUUCUCAAAAAGCCAGGUCUCCAAACUGCCUCACCAGGGACUCACAUCUUCCUCUGGAUCCCACGGGUUCAUAUCUAUGAGAAUCAUCCUUUCACAAUCGUCAACAAUGGCCCUUCUGGCUUGGAGCUUGUGAUGAAAUCCCACCAGGGAUUUACCAAAGCUGUCACAUCCCAUCCUCGUUCUACGGCGUGGGCAUCGGUCGAUGGGCCGUACGGGGUAUGUCCCAACAUGGAUAGCUACGACAAAUUAAUCUUUAUCGCUGGUGGGAGUGGAGCGGCCUUCACGUUUGGCCUCAUGAAUCGGAUCCUUGGACAGUCUGAAAGACCUAAGCUUCAGUCUGUCGAGUUUGUGUGGACUGUCAGACGCACAGAUCAUCUCAAGUGGUUCUCCGAGCAUCUCAGCAACCUCAUGAAGAUGGGACCGGCUGUCAGAGUAUCACUCUUUGUCACAAACGAAGAGGCGACAUCAAGCUCAAUAGCCCCGCCAUACGAUAUUGCUCACGAUGUCGAAAGUCAGUUACUGUCUGGAAAUAGAACCCCUGGUUAUGGAGCCGUAUCGAGCUCCGACGAUACAAGUAGUCUGCUUGCCCGAACAAACGGCCAUGAAGACGAGCAGGCUUAUAACCUCCAUUCUAGAAGAAUGGAUAUAAAAUCGGUUAUCAGUGAUGCCGUACAGUUUGUUGAGAGUCGCCAAAGAGUUUUGAUAGCCACUUGCGGCCCAGAAUCGUUGAUGGAAGCUGUGAGGGAUUCGGCCGAAACUUGGCGGAAGAGGCGAGGCCUUCGAAUAGACGUACACUCAGAAGACUUUUAG